CAAGAGGAAGCUAGAGGGUGCUGCUCCCUUUCUCACACAGCACGUGAUGCCUCUAUGGAGAGCAAAGGCAAAGCUAGUUAAAAAUAAACUUAAACAAACAAACACCACAACCGAACAAGCUCAAAAAACCUUGUUUUAAUAAGGUAGAUUGGAAAAGGUCCACCGGGGGCCUUGAGCUGAGGAAGCGUCUUUACUCACUGGGACAGGACCUUGCAGCCAACCAAGACAUGAGUCCUCACCACCUCCUCCAGUGACAGUGGCUCAUCUCUAUUGGUGGAGAUUUAAUGUGCAGCAUGCAGUAGCCCACAUCCCCCAGGCCAGCAGGUGGGCACAGGGAGCCUGGUGGCCCAGUGCCCCAGUGAUGGGGCAGGAUGCAGGGGUCCCCAGGCACAGACAUGACCCCAGUGUCAUGGGUGGAAGUCCCUUCAAGCAUGCUGCCUUGGGGAUUAAGGUCCAUGUCUUUGCUGUGUACGUAUUCAAGCAGCGGCAGUGGAGUGAGCAUGGGUAUAAAGGUCGGUAGUGCAGCAGUCAGGGCAGAAUUCCAUCUCGCCCUUAAAUCCAUGCUUGGACAAGCUCCAAGUGAAGAUCAGAUGAGCCCAAAGCAGCGAAGGCACAGUGAAAGUUUGCUCUGAAUUCCUUUCUGGCUGCAUUUUGCAUGUUGUCAAGACAGCCGGCCAGAGGGACUGGCAUCCAGGUGGGACACCAUGGUGCGUCGAGUGGCCGUCAUUGGGGCUGGCAUCAGCGGGCUGGCGGCCACCAAGUGCUGCCUGGAAGAGGGGCUGGAGCCCAUCUGCUUUGAGAGCAGUGAGGACAUCGGGGGGCUAUGGCGCAUUGCAGACAGCACAGACUGCAGAAGGGUCAGCGUGUACCACUCCAUCAUCAGCAACACCUCCAAGGAGAUGUCCUGCUUCAGCGACUUCCCCUUCCCAGAGGAUUUCCCCUCUUUCCUCACUCACAGCCUCUUCUUGGAGUAUCUGCGCAUGUACGCUCAGCACUUCCAGCUUCUCAAGCACAUCCGCUUCAAGACAACAGUCAUCAGUGUGAGGAAGCGCCCGGAUUUUGCCAUCUCGGGCCAAUGGGAUGUGGUCACUGAGACAGAGGGCAUCCAGGAGUCCCACGUCUUUGAUGCUGUCAUGGUCUGCACAGGAAACUUCCAGACGCCCCACCUACCCUUGGCUUCUUUCCCAGGUAUUGAGACCUGCUUCAGAGGUCAGUACUUCCACAGCCUAGAAUACAAAGAUGUAGCUGCUUUCCGAGGAAAGCGGGUCCUCGUGGUCGGCCUUGGAAAUACCGCCUGUGAUAUUGCUGUGGAUAUGAGUCAUGUGGCUGCAAAGGUGUUUCUCAGUGCCAGGAGCAGCACGUGGAUAUUCAGCCGGCUGGCAAACCAUGGCUUCCCCUGGGACAUGGUCACCAACACUCGCUUUAAGCAUCUUCUUGAAUGGCUUCUCCCAUCAGCUGUUAUGAGAAAGAUCAAGAUUUGGAAGCUGAAUUCAUGGUUUAACCACGAGAUCUACAGCUUGGCUUCUGCUAGAAGUUCCAAUUUUAAUUUCAUUAUCAAUGAAGAGCUGCCAUUUUGCUUGCUCUCUGGAACCAUCGUGCUGAAGUCAAAUGUGAAGGAGUUCACUGAAACUUCAGCCAUUUUUGAAGACGGAACAACUGAAGAGAACAUCGAUGUGGUGAUCUUUGCCACAGGCUACAACUUCUCAUUUCCCUUCCUUGAAGAGUCAGUUCGCAACUCACUCAAAAGCAAUAGUACCCUCUAUAAAUGCGUCUUCCCACCCCAGCUGGAAAGGCCAACUCUAGCUGUCAUCGGUUUGAUCAAACUGACUGGCUCAGUGAUGGUGGGAGCAGAAAUCCAGGCUCGCUGGGCAGCAGGAGUCUUUGCAGGCGCAUGCAAGCUCCCUCCUAGCAGUAAGAUGAUGGCUGAAGUCUCAAAAAACCAGCUGCCAGUCAAAAGGAAUCCAUCUGCGAAGCAGGUCUUGAGGUUCAAUUUCAUUAGUUACACCAGUGAGAUCGCUUCGUAUGCCGGCGUGAAGCCCAACAUGCUGUGGCUGCUCCUGACCGACCCCCGGCUGGCGCUGGCUGUCUUCUUCGGGCCCUGCACAUCCUACCAGUACCGCCUGACGGGACGGGGGCAAUGGAGUGGGGCCAGGGCUGCCAUCUUGACACAAUGGCAGCGGGUCUUGAAACCUUUGAGAACUCGAGUGUUGGAGGACGGUGCCUCCUCACACUCCUGGUGCUGGCUGGGCCUCCUCGCCCUGCCCACAGUGCUGGUGGUAGGGUUCCUGCUCUCCAAACGUCCCCGGCUGGGGUGGGCUCCCCAAGGACUUCUAUUCUAGCAGAGCUCCAAUGAGGAUGGUGCCAUGGGGGGGCCUACAGGGCUGUGCUUGUGGGUGCAGCGUGUGUGGGAUCUCACCUCUCUGUCCCUAUCCGUGGUUGUAGUGCAGCAGGACGGGGCUGUGGGAGCUGUGGGAUGAGGCUGAAGGGGGUGGACAUGGCACAGGGCUCCUCGGGGAGCGGCAAGUGUGGAAGUAGUUGUGUUCGUAUGGCAGCUUCUGGGAGGGGCCAGCCGGAAAUAAACCUCAGUGAGCUUCUAAUGGC